AUGGCACUGCUUAGCGCAGCAAGCGGCCCGGCUCGCCGCGGAGAUGUUGAAAAAGUGCGUGAGCUCAUUGCAGCCCGUGCUGACUUGGCAGCUACCCAGCCGCCCGAGAACUACACAGCAGUGCAUCAGGCAGCGAUGGGAGGUCAUGUGGAGGUCCUUCGCAUCCUGGCCAACGCCAGAGCCGACUUAGGAGCCAGGGAUGUGCGGCGGCUGAGUGCAGCACACCUCGCUGCCGAUGCUGGCCAGGUCGACGUCAUUCGCUUCCUUCACGGAGCCAACCCCACCCUGCUGGAAGCCGCCGACGGCGCGGGGAAGACUCCCGUGCACCGGGCAGCGCAGCGAGGACGGACUGACGUCCUGGAAGCUUUGGAGGAUCUGGGGGUCGACCUGAGCGUGGAAACGCCGGGUGGCAAGACGGUGGCACAUCUGGCCGCAGAGGCUGGCCAGAACAACGUCCUGCGGUUUCUGCCUCCCAGUCAGUGCGUCGAGCUGUUGAAGCUGACAGAGAGCAUCAUGCGCGGGGAGAAGCCCAUCAAGAGCAUGUGGGAGAAGGAGACGCCGAGACGACCUGGCACAGUGAGGCCAGCCUCCGUAGAAUUGUGA